AUGGCGAACCCUAACGCAGGUACAGACACAAAUAGGAACGAGAACAUUUCGAAUUUUAAUCCUCCCCAGAGAAAUCAAAAGACGGGAUUACUGGAAUGGCCGGCAUUGCCAAAGAUUGAUGUCCCUCUGAAUAGCUGCGAGGGACAAUGGCUUGAUCACUACCCUCCGUCUGAACUCAGAAAGAUCGCCAUCGACUGUCCGGAAGAUGUGCCCCGGAUUGUGAGGCAAUCGCUGCAAAAAGAGCAGUACAUUCUGGUCGUUGGCUCACUGGUGGUGGAAGACGCAGAUGCAGCUGGCCCCCAGUCGAAAGAGAAGAAGUGCAGCAAGGACGGUGACGCAUCUUCUCAUCUGUCUCGGAACUCUUGUGCUGUAUCAAUCAGAUCGGAAGUCUCGCGCCACAGAAAGUCUUUUAGCGGCGCGAAAGCCUGGCUGACCGCGAAGGGCAAGGCUGGAGCAGGAACAGGCGAAAGAGGAGUCAGAAAACUCCUCCGAGAGCGCGCAGCUUCAGCACCAGAAAUCAGUGAAUGCUGCAGCUGCUUCGAAAACACCCCCACCAAGCAGAUGGUCUCUCUCUCGUGCCAGCACAAAUACUGCACGACGUGCUUCCUCCAACUCGUCGAAACGGCCAUGCGUGUGGAGAGUUUGUUUCCCCCCAAGUGCUGUUUGACGGUGAUUCCGCUGAAGGCCGUCCUGGCCCCGCUCACGCUGGAGAUGAAGGAGCGAUACAAGGCGAAGGCGCAGGAAUAUGCGGUCUCAGUCUCGAAUCGAUGGUAUUGCCCUGAUGCGUUCUGUGGUGUUUGGAUUCCGCCCAGCAAGAUCAAACGCCAUCUUGCGGUGCAGAAAUGUCCGCGCUGCCACAUAUCCAUCUGCUCGGUUUGUCGUGGACGAGCUCACAAUCGUGGUGACUGUCCUCAGGAGUCGGGGCUCUACGAGACGCUCGAGGAGGCGGAGCGCCAGGGGUGGCAGCGCUGCUACAGGUGUCAUGCUAUGGUCGAGUUGACGUCUGGGUGCCGGCAUAUCACCUGCAAGUGCAAGGCUGAGUUCUGUUAUGUCUGUGGAGCGCGCUGGGCAACCUGUGCCUGUACCGAAGACGACAUGGCCACUCGACGAGCAGAACUUGCUCAACGCCGGACUGUCCGCGAGAGAGAAGCCGAACAAGAAGCCGAAAUUGCAGCGGCGAUCGCUGCUGUCGAGGCGAUGGAGCGGCGCGAGGAAGAAGAACGGAUCCGGAGAGAAGAGCAAAGACGCCGGCGCGAAGAGGAGGAAGCCCGGGAGAGAAAGUCCCAGCGGGUGCUCGAGAUCGCUGAGAGGAUGCAGCUGUUGAAGGAGUCGCUCCGGACGAUCAAUCAAAUGCAGCAGAACGAUCUGCUGAACCGACAGGAGCGACAGACGCAGCAGCUGCAGGCCCAGAAUGCUGCCAGGAAAAGCAGCCUUGAAAAGGAUGGCCACGACCUGAUCGGACACCUGGAAGCCAAUCGACAAUCCCGCAUGGACUCUCUCCUGGCAGCUCAUGCGGCAGAGCUGAAAAGACUGCAGGCAGCGAACGAGGAGGAAGAGAACGAGCUGAUCGUGAAGAUGACGCGUCUGCUGAAGGGAUGCGCCAACGUCGAGGAGCGCGAGAUGUCGAUCCUGAAGCGCCUGCGGAACACGCAGAAGAAGGACCACGACGAGAUGCGUGCGAGACAUCAAGCUGAGAUCUCCGACUUGAAGCGCAAGGGUUCCCUAGAGCUGAAGAGCCUGCAGGCAAGCUUGUCAGCCCGACACGAAGAGCAGCAGAAGCAGGAGAGUGAAGCCGUCCGGCAGCUCGUCCAGGCGGCAGUCAUCGAGCGCAUCUGGUUCGACCGCGCUGUCGCCAGGAGAGAAGAGCUGCUCGAGGCGUAUCGCUCGGAGUUGGUCAGCAGCGGGCAGGCAGUCGGGGAGCUGGUCAUUGUGACCGGUCCUGAGCAGCGGGAUAUCACAGUAUUUCUGUGUCAUAAGAAUAGCUUAGACAUAGUUGCGCAGACAUCUUUAGAGAAUAUUAUUCUACCUGAAGUUAAUGAUGUUCGCUAG